AUGGUUUUGCAUAAUAUGAUUCAGUUUGGGGCAGUGACAAUUUUGGGAAAUGAUUCUGAAAAAUCUUCGGGAAAUAACGGCAUUCCGACCGCAUCAUCAUCAACACGUAUGUUAGGCCGUUUUCCAAGACUAGAGUCUCUGUCACACCCGAACCUCUGCCCGUAUGUUGACCUCAUCAGGUCUACAACUUUUGUUAAGAUGCUGUUCAGAUUGAGCUUGAAGCAAGCUCUCCGUAUAUCUUGUUCGAUCCUCUCAGCUGUAAAUUAUCUGCACAAUAAUAACAUCGUUCUUGGCUACCUUUCACUGGAUUCAAUCUUCUGCGUCACUGAUGUAGAUGAUAUUCGGGUGGGCCAGUACGGUUUGCAUUGGCUCAGCAAUGGUGGGAGAGAUAUGGAGACUUUUAUAGCUUCUCCGUGGUAUAUUUCUCCGGAGAGGUUGUAUGGUUUGUCACAAAAACAGAAGUUGGCUCUGAGAUCCAGUGACAUUUGGGCAUUUGGGAUUAUUCUUCUUGAAUUACUAUUAUUUAAUAGUGUAUCUGUAGCUGUUGAUGGUUCUGCAUUGUCUCCUCUUUUGGAAGCAAUUCGUGUCGCGCGCCCUAAAGUGGUUUUGAAUGCUAAUGCAGAAUUGACUGCUCUAUUAGAGCUUACAUUGUGCGUUCGACCGUCUCAGCGACCAAAAGCAAAGAAAGUUCUAGCGGUAAGGCAAGCAGAUGAUGGCGAUUCAGAGUUUUUGGGUAGCCGAUCCGUGCAAGAGUCGUAUUUUUUAUGGAAACUGAGCGGCAGCAGUGUUGAAAACAUUUUAUUGAAUCAUGGUAUAAUAAAAGCAAGCUCUCCAAUAAACAUGCUGCCACAUGUUGUGGCUGAGGAUUUUUGUAUAUAUGGUAACAGCGUUUCAAGAAAGUGUUUUUCUACUUUUCAAAUUUUUGGCUUACCGUCAAACAAUCUCAGAGAGAGGUUGGCUGCUAUCGACAAGGAUCAGUUUCUUAUCAGUUUUGAAUUAGAAAGAGAGAGGAAAGCCAAGUUAGAACUUUCGCUAAUUGUGAAAGAGAAAGAUAUAGAAUACCAGGCUAGGCGCAUGCUCGUUUUGUCGCAUCUAAUUAAAGCGUACCCAUUUAAAAAAGAUUUGCUUCGCGAAGAGUGCGCAACUGAUAUUCCACCCUUGCACAGAGGAGCUAUUUGGUUUGCGUUACUCAAUUUGACUCCCUUGAAGGUAGAAAAUUUUUUCCAAUAUGAUACUUACCCCGAACAUUUAUCAGACCGCCAACUUAUGGUUGAUAUUCCAAGAUGUCACCAGUAUGAUGAGCUGAUGGCUUCACCUUCUGCGCAUUGUAAAUUAAAGAGGCUUUUGAAGACUUGGCUGCUAGCUCACCCGAAUUAUGUGUACUGGCAAGGACUCGAUUCUUUAGCUGCGCCAUUUCUGGUGCUAAACUUUAAUGAUUUGUCCAAGGCUUUUGCAUGUUUGGAUUCGUUUAUUUCUUUGUAUUUGUAUGACUUUUUUUUGAAGGACAAUUCACCUGUUAUUCAAGAAUAUCUUGCUGUUUUCUACCACCUUCUGGCCUUUAAUGAUGCAGAGCUGUAUACACAUUUAACUCAAAUGGAUUUCUUGCCAGAACUAUUCGCCAUUCCGUGGUUCCUUACUUGCUUCGCCCACGUUCUGCCUUUUCAUAAAUUGUUUCAUGUUUGGGAUGUACUUCUACUAGCUGACUCUUCGUUUCCUUUAUUUGUUGGUUUAGCUAUUAUGGAACAGUUGCGCCAAAGACUCAUUUUUGCAACGUUUAACGAUGCUAUACUGCUUUUUUCAAGUCUCCCAGGCAAUAAAAAUUCUAGACUUCAGUUUUUUAUAGUUUUACUGUUCAGGAAUUAUAUGCUUACACGUAGACCGCUUGCUUCAGUUACGCUUUCUUCAGAUCUGAAUAUUGAGCGAAUCAUUCAGGAUUCGCAGAGCAUGUAUUUUUCGGUCCCUUCUUCUUGUACCUUUAGAAGUCAUUCGUCAAGCCAUUUACGGGUACCAUUAUCGCUAAAAGCUUAUAGUGUUGAAGAGUUAAAAGAGUUUAGCUGUCCUCGUUUAUCUCCUGACGACUUUCUACGGUUAUUUGAUGCAUCAUCAAUACUUAUUAUUGAUAUUCGUACUCAGCAAGAAUUUUCCCGGGAAUCGUUGGCUGGAAGUGUGAACUAUCCUUACGGAGAUGUGGAGCCUUUAGACAUGAUUGCUACUGCUUUAAAGAUUGCACAGAAUGCGAAGCACGUAGCAAACCGAUGCAUAUUAGCGGGUUAUAACAGGGUUUGUAUUCUGGAAGGUGGAAUCGAAAGUUUACGUUUUACGGAACGUUGCUUUAACCAUUCCUUUUAG